CCCGGAACUAUCUGGCUGCCAUUUGUUGAAGGUCAGAGUCUGAGAGUUGCUAGUUCGGUUCCUCCUCAUUCCUGUGGGGACUUUCUGACUUGACAAAAGAUGAACCAGCAUCAUAGAAACCUGCUGCAGAGAAACCGCGUACAGCUGGUGAAAAAACUGCAGCCCGAGCUCAUUUACGACUUUCUGACGGAGAAAGGCGUUUUCACCGACGACAUGAUAGAGGAAGUCAAGAAAUCAGGCACACGCAGGGACCAAGCCCGUCAGUUAGUAACUGAUCUGCAGACACGUGGAACAGGAGCAUUUCAUGCUUUUUUGGAAAGUCUGAAAGAAAGCAAGCAACAUGAGCUCUUUGAUCUACUGCAAGAGGGGCUGUCUAUCCAAAAUAACCCCUCCACCUUUGUUAGACCGGUUCAACCCAUGAAAAUAUAUAAUCCUGUUCAGCAGGACACCCAGAUUUCUCACCCAGUUCAAUGUUCAGACACUGAUAUAGGUCUUGCUAAGCCAACUAUAAAAAGACUACAAGAUGAUAUGAUUUAUAAAAUGGACGCUGACCCUUGUGGCUUAUGUUUGAUCAUCAACAAUGUGGAUUUCUUUCCAAGUAGUGGUUUGACAUGUCGCUCAGGUUCUGACAUCGAUUGUGAAAAUGUUGAAAAUCUCUUUAAGAAGUUACGGUUUGAGGUUAUUGUUAAAAGAAAUCUGACCAAGCACGUGAUGGUAAAAGAGCUGCAAAGUCUAGCUCUCAAGGACCAUACAGCUUUUGACAGUUGCGUUGUUGUUAUUCUUUCACAUGGUAGUCAGGCUCAGCAUAGACAAUUUCCUGGUGCAAUUUUUGGAGUGGAUGGGGGCCAAUCUCUGCCAGUACAGCAUAUUGUUAGUUACUUUGAUGGUUCACACUGCCCAACUUUGCGGGAAAAGCCCAAAUUAUUCUUCAUUCAGGCCUGUGGUGGUGAUUUGAAGGAUAAAGGAUUCAAGACAGCCGAGGAGGUGGCUAGCAUUCCUACUAUACUCUUUGAUUCUGUUAGCUUGCAGACUGAUGCAACUCCAUGUCCAGCAGAAGAUGAACCAGAUGCAGUAUCCAGCUUACCAACUCCCAGUGAUAUUUUGGUUUCAUAUUCUACUUUCCCAGGGUAUGUGUCAUGGCGAGAUAAAAAGGAUGGAUCUUGGUACAUGAAAACACUGGUGAAUAUAUUCAGUAAAUAUGCUCAUUCAGAUGAUCUACAAACACUUCUAACGAGGGUGACAAGAAGCAUUUCAGAAAAUGAGGAAGCUAAAGAGGCCAGUCUGAUUGACAGAUCAGGUGACCCCUCUACAUGGAGAACACAUCAAAGGAGGCUACAGCACAGGAACAGCAAGGGAACCUGCGCAUUGGAUAUGGAUAACAUCACAGUGGGAAGUUGGGAUAAUAUGUGUCAAUGGAGCAGAAAUGAAGGAGCAGGGCAGACAUUCAUGGAGAAGUGUCACCACAAGUAAACACACGAAUACUUU